CAGGGGCAGGGGCACUUUCAUUUUCACUUCUACGAAUCUAUUCUCACUUCUCACUUCGCACUUCGCACUUCGCACUUCGCCAUGGCCUUAGCACCAGCCUCUCUCCCGAAACCCUCCCUCCUGCACACCCACCCCUUCGCGAAUAGCAAUAAUAGCCUCCCAAUCGUGCUCCCACGCGCGGCCUUGAAACCCUGGUCCUUGGUGGUAUCCUCGAAAAAGCGGAUUGGCGAUGUGGUGGUAAGCGAGUGGAUGGAGGAUGAGAAGCCGCGGGAGGAGUGCGGCGUGGUGGGAAUCUACGGGGACCCGGAGGCGUCGCGGCUGUGCUACCUGGCCCUGCACGCGCUGCAGCACCGGGGGCAGGAGGGGGCGGGGAUCGUGACGGUCCACAACAACGUGCUGCAGUCGAUAACGGGGGUGGGGCUGGUCUCCGACGUGUUUAGCGAGUCAAAGCUGGACCAGCUCCCCGGCAGCCUGGCCAUCGGCCACGUCCGCUACUCCACGGCGGGGCAGUCCAUGCUGAAGAACGUGCAGCCCUUCGUGGCCGGCUACCGCUUCGGCUCCGUCGGCGUCGCCCACAACGGGAACCUCGUCAACUACCGCACCCUCCGCUCCCACCUCGAGGAGUCCGGCUCCAUCUUCAACACCACCUCCGACACCGAGGUCGUCCUCCACCUCAUCGCCACCUCCAAGCACCGCCCCUUCAUCCUCCGCAUCGUCGACGCCUGCGAGAAGAUCCAGGGCGCCUACUCCAUCGUCUUCGUCACCGAGGACAAGCUCGUCGCCGUCCGCGACCCCUUCGGCUUCCGCCCCCUCGUCAUGGGCCGCCGCAGCAACGGCGCCGUCGUCUUCGCCUCCGAGACCUGCGCCCUCGACCUCAUUGAAGCGACCUACGAGAGAGAAGUCUUCCCCGGCGAGGUUCUCGUCGUCGACAAAAACGGUAUUCAAUCCCUCUGCCUCAUGACCCACCCCCAACCCAAGCAAUGCAUCUUCGAACACAUUUACUUCGCGCUUCCCAAUUCCGUUGUCUUCGGUAGGUCUGUCUACGAGUCUCGCAGACAAUUUGGGGAAAUUUUAGCCACCGAAAGCCCCGUUGAUUGUGACGUUGUCAUCGCUGUUCCUGAUUCCGGCGUCGUCGCCGCCCUCGGUUACGCCGCUAAGGCUGGGGUUCCCUUUCAGCAGGGUUUGAUUAGGUCACACUACGUCGGCAGAACCUUCAUUGAGCCCUCUCAGAAAAUUCGCGACUUUGGCGUCAAACUGAAGCUCUCACCCGUCCGUGCUGUUCUCGAAGGGAAAAGGGUCGUGGUUGUGGAUGAUUCCAUUGUGCGAGGAACUACCUCGUCCAAAAUUGUUCGGUUGCUGAAGGAGGCUGGUGCUAAGGAAGUUCACAUGAGGAUUGCAAGUCCUCCAAUUAUAGGGUCUUGUUACUAUGGUGUGGACACUCCCAGCUCCGAGGAAUUGAUUUCCAAUAGGAUGAGUGUGGAGGAGAUAAGGGACUUCAUUGGGUCUGAUUCUCUUGCGUUUUUGCCCUUUGAUAGCUUGAAGAGGUUGUUGGGGAAUGAGUCUCCCAAUUUCUGUUAUGCAUGUUUCUCUGGGAAUUACCCUGUGGAGCCCAGGGAGCUUAAGGUGAAGAGGGUUGGGGAUUUUGUGGAUGAUGGCUUGAAUGGGAGCUUGGAGUCUAUUGAUGGGGGUUGGGUUCAAGCCAACAGAAAUCAAAUCAAGUCUUAGAUAGGAGCCUAAGGCUGCUUGCUACCUGGUACCUACCAUUGUCAUGUGAUAAUGUCAAACCAUUCAACUACACCGGUGAGCUUCAUUAAUUCAUUUCGAUUCUCAAGGCCAGCAUGCUUUUCUCAUCGAAUAUAUGGAGCUUUAAAGUUUUUGUUAUUUAGAAUUUAGAACAAACCAAACUAUGGUAUAUGAACGUUGGAUGUUUUUCCUUACUUUUUUUCCCUCUUUCUAAUAUACAUCUUGGGAUUUUUCUCGGAUGGCUGAUUUCCAUCUUUUUUUGUUAUUGUAUAUAUAUUUGUUCGUGUGGGUGAAAAAAGAAACAGAAGUAAACAUAUUUUGAAAUAAUCACUUACACAGGUUUAUGUUUA